AUGGCAGGAAUCAACACCGGUGAUGAAAAACUCGUAUUCGAGUCUUCCGAGGCAGUCUCGGUGGCUCCCACUUUCGAGGCCUUGAAUUUGAAAGAAGAUUUACUUCGAGGUAUCUACGCAUACAACUUCGAAAAACCAUCUGCAAUUCAACAAAGAGCUAUUAUACCUAUCAUGAGAGGAAGAGAUGUUAUCGCUCAAGCUCAAUCAGGUACUGGUAAAACAGCUACGUUCUCAAUUUCAGCAUUACAAUCUAUCGACACAAAAGUUCGAGAAUCACAAGUCUUAGUCCUUUCACCCACGAGAGAAUUGGCUGUUCAAAUCCAAUCUGUCAUGUUGGCUUUAGGUGAUUACAUGAACGUAUCAUGUCAUGCUUGUAUCGGUGGAACAAGUGUGGGUGAAGAUAUCAGAAAGUUGGAAGCUGGUCAACAGGUCGUUAGUGGUACUCCCGGAAGAGUGUUUGAUAUGAUCAGAAGACGAAAUCUCAGGACCAAGGAUAUCAAGAUGCUUAUUCUCGAUGAGUCCGAUGAAUUACUCAACAAAGGUUUCAAAGAUCAAAUAUACGAUAUCUACCGAUAUCUUCCCCCUGCCACUCAAGUGGUCGUUGUCUCCGCUACUCUACCUCACGAUGUUCUCGAGAUGACAACCAAGUUCAUGACCGACCCUAUUCGAAUCUUGGUCAAGCGUGAUGAGUUGACUUUAGAAGGUAUCAAGCAAUUCUUCGUCGCUGUUGAGAAGGAAGAUUGGAAGUUUGACACUUUAUGUGAUUUGUAUGAUACACUCACUAUCACGCAAGCCGUCAUAUUCUGUAAUACUCGAAGAAAGGUUGAUUGGCUCACUGAGAAAAUGCGAGAAGCCAACUUUACCGUUAGCAGUAUGCACGGUGAGAUGGUACAAAAAGAGCGAGAUGCUAUUAUGGCAGAAUUCAGAGGCGGUCAAAGUCGAGUACUUAUCACCACCGACGUGUGGGCCAGAGGUAUUGAUGUUCAACAAGUUUCUUUGGUCAUCAAUUACGAUUUACCCACAUCGCGUGAAAACUACUUGCACAGAAUAGGUCGAUCAGGUCGAUUCGGUCGAAAAGGUGUUGCUAUCAAUUUCGUCACUGUAGAAGACGUUCGAAUUUUAAGAGAUAUCGAACAAUAUUAUUCUACUCAAAUCGAUGAAAUGCCCAUGAACGUCACUGAGCUUACAUAG